AUGUCAUCCCCCGUAACCCGCAACAAACCCCCAAUCCGACGCUUCCCCGCGACCACCCCACCGCAAACCCUGUGGCAAGCGGUCUGCGACGACGGCGCCGCCAUAGUCGAAGGCUUUCUCCCGGGCCCCACGAUCGAGAAAUUCGACCAGGAGCUCUCGCACCGCUCCGCCACGACGACAGGAGGCCAGAUGAACCAAGAAUUCUACCAGAUGCCGAUCCCCACCACGACGAAAUGGAUGAACGACCUGACCGCCACAUGCCCGACCUUCCGGCACGAAAUCCUCAACAACCCGGUCCUGCACCGCCUGUGCGAGGAGGUCUUCACGCCGACGCACGGGGACUACUGGCUCCUCAACGGGAUGGCCAUGGAGAUGAUGCCGGGCAACCCGACCCAGGAGCUGCACAACGACCACGGCACGCACCCGAUCCUGCAGUAUCUGGCGGACGACGCCCCGUCGCCGGUCUUCAGUAUCAUCACGGCGGUGAACGAGUUCACGGAGGCGAAUGGCGCCACGCGCGUGAUCCUGGGGAGUCAUCGGUGGCCGAGGGGCCAGCGCGGGACGGAUGAGCAGACGGUCCGGGCGGUGCUUCAGCCCGGGGACGCGUUGGUGCUGUACCGGACGACGAAGCAUGGCGGGGCGGCGCACGGCGCGGAGAAUCCCGAUCAUCGACGCUUGUUGUUGCUGUCGGUCGGGAGCUGUCAGCUCGCUCCGUACGAGACGCAUGUCACCGUGCCGCGGGCGGUGGUGGAGAGUAUGACGCCGCUGGCGCAGAAGAUGAUCGGGUGGCGGAGUACAAAGCCGGUGAUUUCGAACGUCACGGGGUUGAAUACGGUGCGCAUGAAGCAUUUGGAGACGCAGAUUGGGUUGAGGUCCGAGGUGCCGUUGGAGGGGGAGUGUUGA